CAGUAGCAGACGGCUGCUGCACAAACAGAAAGAGGAGACAGAUGAAUGAAAAUUAAAGGAGAGGAAAUCUGGUUUAUCUGGCAAUUGUAUUUUCAUUUUUCUUUAGAUUGUUUUGUUUUUAUUAUUUCAUUUUUCAUUUAUAUUUCUAUUGAAAGGAGUUUUGAGCUGAAAACAUAAAGAGAGCGAAAGAUAAAAUGAUGAAUCUGCUGUGUAUCAUAGUAAUCUCCCUGACCCUGGCUGGCAGUGCAUACUGUGAAAUGACAAGUCCAUCCACAAUAAUAACAGUCAAGGCUGAACUGGGUGGCAACGUCACGCUGCCCUGCAAGCUCCUAUCCUACGACAGCUUUUUCUUUGGCAAUGUUGGCCUGCGAGUCAAAUGGGUCAAAGUGGCAGAUGAUGAAUCCUCCAGUGAGGAUGUCCUGAGCUCAAUGGCAUUCCACAGGAGGACCUAUGGAAGGUUUGAGGAUCGCGUGUUUCUGAGGGACCCCGACAGUGAUAACGAUGCAUCCAUAGUAAUAGAAGACGUCUCCGUGGAGGACACGGGAAAAUACCUGUGUGAGAUCAUCAGCGGAGAAGAGGACAUGGUGCAAGAAAUCAUCUUAGAGGUGGAAAGUGGUCUCACCAUGGGUGUUGUAUUCCCAUACUCCCCUCGUGGAGGCCGUUACAACCUGAACUUCACCGGUGCUGUGGAAGCCUGUGCAAAGCAGGAUGCUGAGAUUGCCUCCUAUGAUCAGCUUUAUGAAGCCUGGCAGGAUGGUCUGGACUGGUGCAACGCUGGCUGGCUGAGUGACGGUACUGUGCAGUAUCCCAUAACCAUACCCAGAGAGGCUUGUGGUGGCUCAAACAGCGGGCCCGGUGUCAGAAACUACGGGCGCCGAGACAAGAGGACGAGCCGGUUUGAUGUGUUCUGCUUUGCUUCUGAAGUCAAAGGACACAUCUACUGGUUGGUCCAGCCUGAGAGGCUCACCUUUUAUGAGGCUGUGCAGGCGUGCUUAGAUGACAAUGCAGAAAUUGCCAAGGUUGGCCAAAUGUACUCCGCCUGGAAGCUUCAGGGCUACGAUCGCUGUGAUGCAGGCUGGCUGGCUGACGGAAGUGUCCGCUACCCCAUAUCCAGACCCCGCAAGAACUGCAGCCCCACAGAAGCCGCGGUGCGCUUUAUUGGAUUCACAGACAAAAAUCAAAAGUCUUACGGCGUCUACUGCUUCAAGGCUGAUGAAUGAGGGCGUAGAAUGUCGUAGAGAAACCAUAACCACCAAAGAGCAGAAGCAACCACAGCCAUUAAAAUCAACAGUGAAGCCCAUAAGCUUUGGAUAUCAACUAGCAUGAACUCAAAACCUUUCUAAAGCUGUGAUAACACAAAUAUCACCUGCCCAUAUGCAAUACACAACAAAAUGUUUGUACACACUGUUUGCUGUUUUGGGUUUUCCCUUUUUUAUAAAAGCUCUGCAUCAGAUGGUUGAGUAAAUGGUAGCAGUAUUAAGGUGCGACUGAGACAAGAACUUAGUUGUCAGCAUCAUCUGAGUUUGGUUACAUAUGAAGUUCAAGAUCGAAAACAUUUAUGCUCUUCUGCAGAAGAUAUUUGCUGCUUCAAAAUAUGUCUGAAUAAUAUGGUAUUUUAUGUGCCACAGCUAUGAAAGACCAAACUGGUUGCAAUGUGAUAAACAUAACUUGGCUAUGAUUUGAUAUACACAUGUUAUGCUGCAGCAAGUUAUAUGUUUGACUGAUCACUUGUUGCAGCAGUAGCCUCUGAUUUGUUUAAUCUAGUUUUGUUUUGUUUUGGGGGUUUUUGUUGGUUGCUUUCGUAAUCUGUGAGACUGUAAAAAAGGUUUUUCUAACUUCAAGUGUUGUGGCCAAAUUAUCUGCAAAAAGAAUGACUGGAAAUGUCUUGAUCUUGGACUCAUUUUGCAUUAAAAGUUCCUAUGAGAUCAACUCCCAAUUACAAUCUAAACUAGAUUUCACCCCUCAAACCUCAUGCAACAUUUGUUUUAGUUUACUUUUCAGAUUUUCAGAUGCUUACUGUUCUCUUUCAAGUUUUUUUUUCAUGAACUCUAUCUUUUUACGGUUAUAUUAGCAGGACUUUGGCUAGCUAUUGCAUGAUAAUUGCAUGAAAAGUACAAAGGGGUUGUGAACUAAAACAUACCCCGAAAUGAGUACUUAUAAUGGCCAUUCCCACAAAUAAACAAAAUAUGUGAUAUUAUAGUAUUAUAUAUUACAGCUAUAAAUGGUAAAUGUAUGAGUGGAAAACCACUCUGACUGAUGGUAGAAAUUUACUGUGAGCCGUAAAUUUCCACAAGCAGUCAAAUCUUUUAAAGACCUAACAUUUAUAGUUUCUCAUACUUCUAAAUAAAAAAAAAGAAAAUAAAAACAUUAACUCACUGUGGUGACUGGAUCUAGUUCCUCAAUUAGUUUCCUAUGGACAAUAGCAAACUUGAUCUUGAUGUUUUGAUAAUUUAGAGACAUGCCACAAUCAGUAGAUAGCACAAAUUUAUAGUUAGUGUGUAAAAAAAAAAACAUUUUAAAAUGAAGUUUUGUGUUUUUUAUUUACUUUAAUUUUUUUUCUAACCCUGGCCACUGACGUAGUACUUACUGCAGACGUGUAGAUGUGUGUAUGUGCACACAUGUGCAUGAUGAAUAUGAAGGUAUUUUUUGUAUCUUAUUAUCAUGUACCUUUUCAAGAAUGCAGUGUAAAAUAAAGAAUACAACUUUUAAA